AAAAAAUAGAAAUCAGCUCUAACUCUGUAUCAGAGCUGACAACAAGUUCUGUUGCUGAAAGUGAGUUAACCCAUGCCUUUACAGAAACAGAAUCAGCAGCGGCAUCCACGCCACUGGUAAGAACCCAUGGUUCAUCAUCAUCUACUAGUUCUUUAUCGUCAAUGAUAACUUCUGAAGCAGGAGAAACCAGCUUUAAAACAGUACCUGCAAGUUCUGCCAUGGAAAGUGAGUCAACGUCUGUCUCUUCAACCACAGAAGCUUCCCCUACAGCAACAUCCAUACCAGUAAUAAGCACCCCUGCUUCGUCAUCAUCCACAAGAUCUUUGCCUUCAAUGGUGACAUCAGAAAAAGGAGAAUCCAGUACUAACUCUGUAUCGGAGCAGACAACAAAUUCUGUUGCUCAAAGCGAGUUAACCUCUGUCUCUUCAGACACAGAAUCAUCAGCGACAUACACACCACUAACAAGCAAUCCGGACUUAUCAUCUUCUACUUUUUCUUUGCCUUCAGUGGUAACUUCACAGACAGGAGAAACCAGCUCUACAACGGUAUCAGGGACAAAAGCAAGUUCUGCUAGGGAAAGUGAGUUAACCUCGGUCUCUUCAUCCACAGACUCUUCACUUACAGCAACAACCAUACCACAAGCAAGUACUCCUACGUCAUCAUUGUCCACUAGUUCUUUACCUUCAAUGGUGACAUCUGAAAAAGGAGAAACCAGCUCUAACUCGGAUUCAGAGCCUACAACAAGUCCUUUUGCUAAAAGUGAAUUAAACUCUGUGUCCUCAUACACAGAAUCUUCAGUGACUUCCACACCUCUAACAAGCAACACUGGCUCAUUAUCUACUAGUUCUUUGCUCUCAAUGGUAACUUCUGAAAUAGGAGAAACCAGCUCUAACUCCGCAUCGGAGAUGACAACAAGUUCUGUUUCUGAAAGCAAACUGACAACAAGUUCUGUUGCUGAAAGUGAGUUAACCCAUGCCUUUACAGAAACAGAAUCAGCAGCGGCAUCCACGCCACUGGUAAGAACCCAUGGUUCAUCAUCAUCUACUAGUUCUUUGUCGUCAAUGAUAACUUCUGAAGCAGGAGAAACCAGCUUUAAAACAGUACCUGCAAGUUCUGCCAUGGAAAGUGAGUCAACGUCUGUCUCUUCAACCACAGAAGCUUCCCCUACAGCAACAUCCAUACCAGUAAUAAGCACCCCUGCUUCGUCAUCAUUCACAAGAUCUUUGCCUUCAAUGGUGACAUCAGAAAAAGGAGAAUCCAGUACUAACUCUGUAUCGGAGCAGACAACAAAUUCUGUUGCUCAAAGCGAGUUAACCUCUGCCUCUUCAGACACAGAAUCUUCAGCGACAUACACACCACUAACAAGCAAUCCUGACUUAUCAUCUUCUACUCUUUCUUUGCCCUCAGUGGUAACUUCACAGACAGGAGAAACCAACUCUAGAACGGUAUCAGGGACAACAGCAAGUUCUGCUAGGGAAAGUGAGUUAACCUCUGUCUCUUCAUCCACAGACUCUUCACUUACAGCAACAACCAUACCACAAGCAAGUACUCCUACCUCAUCAUUGUCCACUAGUUCUUUACCUUCAAUGGUGACAUCUGAAAAAGGAGAAACCAGCUCUAACUCGGAUUCAGAGCCUACAACAAGUCCUUUUGCUAAAAGUGAAUUAAACUCUGUGUCCUCAUACACAGAAUCUUCAGUGACAUCCACACCACUAACAAGCAACACUGGCUCAUUAUCUACUAGUCCUUUGCUCUCAAUGGUAACUUCUGAAAUAAGAGAAACCAGCUCUAGAACAGUAUCUGGCCUGACAGCUAGUUCCACCAUGGAAAAUGAGUCAACCUCUGUCUCUUCAUCCACAGACUAUUCACCUACAGCAACGUCCAUACCACUAACAAGCACCCUUGCCACAUCAUCCGCUAGUUCUUUGCCUUCAAUGGAGAAACCAGCUUUAAAAACAGUACCUGCAAGUUCUGCCAUGGAAAGUGAGUCAACGUCUGUCUCUUCAACCACAGAAGCUUCCCCUACAGCAACAUCCAUACCAGUAAUAAGCACCCCUGCUUCGUCAUCAUCCACAAGAUCUUUGCCUUCAAUGGUGACAUCAGAAAAAGGAGAAUCCAGUACUAACUCUGUAUCGGAGCAGACAACAAAUUCUGUUGCUCAAAGCGAGUUAACCUCUGUCUCUUCAGACACAGAAUCAUCAGUGACAUACACACCACUAACAAGCAAUCCGGACUUAUCAUCUUCUACUUUUUCUUUGCCUUCAGUGGUAACUUCACAGACAGGAGAAACCAGCUCUACAACGGUAUCAGGGACAAAAGCAAGUUCUGCUAGGGAAAGUGAGUUAACCUCGGUCUCUUCAUCCACAGACUCUUCACUUACAGCAACAACCAUACCACAAGCAAGUACUCCUACGUCAUCAUUGUCCACUAGUUCUUUACCUUCAAUGGUGACAUCUGAAAAAGGAGAAACCAGCUCUAACUCGGAUUCAGAGCCUACAACAAGUCCUUUUGCUAAAAAAUCUUCAGCAACAUCCACACCAUUAACAAGCACCACUGACUCAUCAUCCUUUUCUAGUUCUUUGCCCUCAGUGGUAACUUCUGAAACAGUAGAAACCAGCUCUAGAACAGUAUCAGGGCAUACAACAAAUUCCGCCAGGGAAAGUGAGACAACCUCUGUCUCUUCAUCCAUAGACAAUUCACCUACAGAAACAUCCAUACCACAAGCAAGCACCACUACCUCAUCAUUGUCCACUAGUUCUUUGCCUUCAAUGAUGACAUCUGAAAAAAUAGAAAUCAGCUCUAACUCUGUAUCAGAGCUGACAACAAGUUCUGUUGCUGAAAGUGAGUUAACCCAUGCCUUUACAGAAACAGAAUCAGCAGCGGCAUCCACACCACUGGUAAGAACCCAUGGUUCAUCAUCAUCUACUAGUUCUUUGUCGUCAAUGAUAACUUCUGAAGCAGGAGAAACCAGCUUUAAAACAGUACCUGCAAGUUCUGCCAUGGAAAGUGAGUCAACGUCUGUCUCUUCAACCACAGAAGCUUCCCCUACAGCAACAUCAAUACCAGUAAUAAGCACCCCUGCUUCGUCAUCAUCCACAAGAUCUUUGCCUUCAAUGGUGACAUCAGAAAAAGGAGAAUCCAGUAUUAACUCUGUAUCGGAGCAGACAACAAAUUCUUUUGCUCAAAGCGAGUUAACCUCUGUCUCUUCAGACACAGAAUCUUCAGCGACAUACACACCACUAACAAGCAAUCCUGACUUAUCAUCUUCUACUCUUUCUUUGCCCUCAGUGGUAACUUCACAGACAGGAGAAACCAGCUCUAGAACGGUAUCAGGGACAACAGCAAGUUCUGCUAGGGAAAGUGAGUUAACCUCUGUCUCUUCAUCCACAGACUCUUCACUUAUAGCAACAACCAUACCACAAGCAAGUACUCCUACCUCAUCAUUGUCCACUAGUUCUUUACCUUCAAUGGUGACAUCUGAAAAAGGAGAAACCAGCUCUAACUCGGAUUUAGAGCCUACAACAAGUCCUUUUGCUAAAAGUGAAUUAAACGCUGUGUCCUCAUACACAGAAUCUUCAGUGACAUCCACACCAUUAACAAGCAACACUGGCUCAUUAUCUACUAGUUCUUUGCUCUCAAUGGUAACUUCUGAAAUAGGAGAAACCAGCUCUAGAACAGUAUCUGGGCUGACAGCUAGUUCCACCAUGGAAAAUGAGUCAACCUCUGUCUCUUCAUCCACAGACUAUUCACCUACAGCAACGUCCAUACCACUAACACGCACCCUUGCCACAUCAUCAUCCACUAGUUCUUUGCCUUCAAUGGUGACAUCUGAAAAAACAGAAACCAGCUCUAACUCUGUAUCAGAGCUGACAACAAGUUCUGUUGCUGAAAGUAAGUUAACCUCUGUAUCUUCAUAUACUGAAUCUUUAGAAACAUCCACACCACUAGCAAGCACCCCUGGCACAUCACAGUCUACUAGUUCUUUGACCUCAAUGAUAACUUCUGAAACAGGAGAAACCAGUUCCCAAACCUUAUCUGGGCUGACAGAAAGUUCCACCAUAGAAAGUGAGUCAAUAUCUGUGUCUUCAUUCAAAGAUUCUUCACCUACUGAAACAUCCAUACCACUAACAAGCACCCCUACUUUGUCAGCAUCAACUAGUUCUUUGCCUUCAAUGGUGACAUCUGAAAAAGGAGAAUCCAGUAUUAACUCUGUAUCGGAGCAGACAACAAAUUCUUUUGCUCAAAGCGAGUUAACCUCUGUCUCUUCAGACACAGAAUCUUCAGCGACAUACACACCACUAACAAGCAAUCCUGACUUAUCAUCUUCUACUCUUUCUUUGCCCUCAGUGGUAACUUCACAGACAGGAGAAACCAGCUCUAGAACGGUAUCAGGGACAACAGCAAGUUCUGCUAGGGAAAGUGAGUUAACCUCUGUCUCUUCAUCCACAGACUCUUCACUUAUAGCAACAACCAUACCACAAGCAAGUACUCCUACCUCAUCAUUGUCCACUAGUUCUUUACCUUCAAUGGUGACAUCUGAAAAAGGAGAAACCAGCUCUAACUCGGAUUUAGAGCCUACAACAAGUCCUUUUGCUAAAAGUGAAUUAAACGCUGUGUCCUCAUACACAGAAUCUUCAGUGACAUCCACACCAUUAACAAGCAACACUGGCUCAUUAUCUACUAGUUCUUUGCUCUCAAUGGUAACUUCUGAAAUAGGAGAAACCAGCUCUAGAACAGUAUCUGGGCUGACAGCUAGUUCCACCAUGGAAAAUGAGUCAACCUCUGUCUCUUCAUCCACAGACUAUUCACCUACAGCAACGUCCAUACCACUAACACGCACCCUUGCCACAUCAUCAUCCACUAGUUCUUUGCCUUCAAUGGUGACAUCUGAAAAAACAGAAACCAGCUCUAACUCUGUAUCAGAGCUGACAACAAGUUCUGUUGCUGAAAGUAAGUUAACCUCUGUAUCUUCAUAUACUGAAUCUUUAGAAACAUCCACACCACUAGCAAGCACCCCUGGCACAUCACAGUCUACUAGUUCUUUGACCUCAAUGAUAACUUCUGAAACAGGAGAAACCAGUUCCCAAACCUUAUCUGGGCUGACAGAAAGUUCCACCAUAGAAAGUGAGUCAAUAUCUGUGUCUUCAUUCAAAGAUUCUUCACCUACAGAAACAUCCAUACCACUAACAAGCACCCCUGCUUUGUCAGCAUCAACUAGUUCUUUGCCUUCAAUGGUGACAUCUGAAAAAAGAGAAACCGGCUCUAACUCAGUAUCAAAGCCGACAAAAAGCGCUGUUGCUGAAAGUCAGUUAACCUCUGUCUCUUCAUACACAGAUUCUUCAGUGAUAUCAAGGCCACUAACAAUCACCCCUGACUCAUCAUCUACUAGUUAUUUGCCCUCAAUGGUAACUUCUGAAACAGGAGAAACCAGCUCUAGAACAGUAUCUGGGCUGACAGCUAGUUCCACCAUGGAAAAUGAGUCAACCUCUGUCUCUUCAUUCACAGACUAUUCACCUACAGCAACGUCCAUACCACUAACACACACCCUUGCCACAUCAUCAUCCACUAUUUCUUUGCCUUCAAUGGUGACAUCUGAAAAAACAGAAACCAGCUCUAACUCUGUAUCAGAGCUGACAACAGGUUCUGUUGCUGAAAGUGAGUUAACCUCUGUAUCUUCAUAUACUGAAUCUUUAGAAACAUCCACACCACUAGCAAGCACCCCUGGCUCAUCACAGUCUACUAGUUCUUUGACCUCAAUGAUAACUUCUGAAACAGGAGAAACCAGUUCCCAAACCUUAUCUGGGCUGACAGAAAGUUCCACCAUAGAAAGUGAGUCAAUAUCUGUGUCUUCAUCCAAAGAUUCUUCACCUACUGAAACAUCCAUACCACUAACAAGCACCCCUACUUUGUCAGCAUCAACUAGUUCUUUGCCUUCAAUGGUGACAUCUGAAAAAGGAGAAUCCAGUAUUAACUCUGUAUCGGAGCAGACAACAAAUUCUUUUGCUCAAAGCGAGUUAACCUCUGUCUCUUCAGACACAGAAUCUUCAGCGACAUACACACCACUAACAAGCAAUCCUGACUUAUCAUCUUCUACUCUUUCUUUGCCCUCAGUGGUAACUUCACAGACAGGAGAAACCAGCUCUAGAACGGUAUCAGGGACAACAGCAAGUUCUGCUAGGGAAAGUGAGUUAACCUCUGUCUCUUCAUCCACAGACUCUUCACUUAUAGCAACAACCAUACCACAAGCAAGUACUCCUACCUCAUCAUUGUCCACUAGUUCUUUACCUUCAAUGGUGACAUCUGAAAAAGGAGAAACCAGCUCUAACUCGGAUUUAGAGCCUACAACAAGUCCUUUUGCUAAAAGUGAAUUAAACGCUGUGUCCUCAUACACAGAAUCUUCAGUGACAUCCACACCAUUAACAAGCAACACUGGCUCAUUAUCUACUAGUUCUUUGCUCUCAAUGGUAACUUCUGAAAUAGGAGAAACCAGCUCUAGAACAGUAUCUGGGCUGACAGCUAGUUCCACCAUGGAAAAUGAGUCAACCUCUGUCUCUUCAUCCACAGACUAUUCACCUACAGCAACGUCCAUACCACUAACACGCACCCUUGCCACAUCAUCAUCCACUAGUUCUUUGCCUUCAAUGGUGACAUCUGAAAAAACAGAAACCAGCUCUAACUCUGUAUCAGAGCUGACAACAAGUUCUGUUGCUGAAAGUAAGUUAACCUCUGUAUCUUCAUAUACUGAAUCUUUAGAAACAUCCACACCACUAGCAAGCACCCCUGGCACAUCACAGUCUACUAGUUCUUUGACCUCAAUGAUAACUUCUGAAACAGGAGAAACCAGUUCCCAAACCUUAUCUGGGCUGACAGAAAGUUCCACCAUAGAAAGUGAGUCAAUAUCUGUGUCUUCAUUCAAAGAUUCUUCACCUACAGAAACAUCCAUACCACUAACAAGCACCCCUGCUUUGUCAGCAUCAACUAGUUCUUUGCCUUCAAUGGUGACAUCUGAAAAAAGAGAAACCGGCUCUAACUCAGUAUCAAAGCCGACAAAAAGCGCUGUUGCUGAAAGUCAGUUAACCUCUGUCUCUUCAUACACAGAUUCUUCAGUGAUAUCAAGGCCACUAACAAUCACCCCUGACUCAUCAUCUACUAGUUAUUUGCCCUCAAUGGUAACUUCUGAAACAGGAGAAACCAGCUCUAGAACAGUAUCUGGGCUGACAGCUAGUUCCACCAUGGAAAAUGAGUCAACCUCUGUCUCUUCAUUCACAGACUAUUCACCUACAGCAACGUCCAUACCACUAACACACACCCUUGCCACAUCAUCAUCCACUAUUUCUUUGCCUUCAAUGGUGACAUCUGAAAAAACAGAAACCAGCUCUAACUCUGUAUCAGAGCUGACAACAGGUUCUGUUGCUGAAAGUGAGUUAACCUCUGUAUCUUCAUAUACUGAAUCUUUAGAAACAUCCACACCACUAGCAAGCACCCCUGGCUCAUCACAGUCUACUAGUUCUUUGACCUCAAUGAUAACUUCUGAAACAGGAGAAACCAGUUCCCAAACCUUAUCUGGGCUGACAGAAAGUUCCACCAUAGAAAGUGAGUCAAUAUCUGUGUCUUCAUCCAAAGAUUCUUCACCUACUGAAACAUCCAUACCACUAACAAGCACCCCUGCUUUGUCAGCAUCAACUAGUUCUUUGCCUUCAAUGGUGACAUCUGAAAAAGGAGAAUCCAGUAUUAACUCUGUAUCGGAGCAGACAACAAAUUCUUUUGCUCAAAGCGAGUUAACCUCUGUCUCUUCAGACACAGAAUCUUCAGCGACAUACACACCACUAACAAGCAAUCCUGACUUAUCAUCUUCUACUCUUUCUUUGCCCUCAGUGGUAUCUUCACAGACAGGAGAAACCAGCUCUAGAACGGUAUCAGGGACAACAGCAAGUUCUGCUAGGGAAAGUGAGUUAACCUCUGUCUCUUCAUCCACAGACUCUUCACUUAUAGCAACAACCAUACCACAAGCAAGUACUCCUACCUCAUCAUUGUCCACUAGUUCUUUACCUUCAAUGGUGACAUCUGAAAAAGGAGAAACCAGCUCUAGCUCGGAUUCAGAGCCUACAACAAGUCCUUUUGCUAAAAGUGAAUUAAACGCUGAGUCCUCAUACACAGAAUAUUCAGUGACAUCCACACCAUUAACAAGCAACACUGGCUCAUUAUCUACAAGUUCUUUGCUCUCAAUGGUAACUUCUGAAAUAGGAGAAACCAGCUCUAGAACAGUAUCUGGGCUGACAGCUAGUUCCACCAUGGAAAAUGAGUCAACCUCUGUCUCUUCAUCCACAGACUAUUCACCUACAGCAACGUCCAUACCACUAACACGCACCCUUGCCACAUCAUCAUCCACUAGUUCUUUGCCUUCAUUAACCUCUGUCACUUCACACACAGAAUCUUCAGAGACGUCCACACCGCUAAGAAGCACCCCUGGCUCAUCAUCAUCUACUAGUUCUUUACCCUCAUUGGUAACUUCAGAAACAGCUGAAACCAGCUCUAGAAUGGCAUCAGGGUCAACAGAAAGUUCCACCAGGGAAAGUGAGUCACCCUCUGUCUCUUCAUCCACAGACUCUUCAUCUACAGCAACAUUUAUACCACAAGCAAGUGCCCCUACCUCAUCAUUGUCCACUAGUCCUUUGCCUUCAAUGGUGACAUCUGAAAAAGGAAAAAACAGUUUUAACUCUGUAUCAGAGCCGACAACAAGUUUUGUUGCUAAAAGCGAGUUAACCUCUGUCUCUUCAGACAGAGAAUCAUCAGCAAUAUCUACACCACUAACAAGCAACUCUUACUCAUCAUCUUCUAAUAAUUCUUUGCUCUCAAUGGUAACUUCAGAAACAGCAGAAACCAGCUCUAGAAUGGCAUCAGGGUCAACAGAAAGUUCCACCAAGGAAAAAUCUUCAGCGACAUCCACACCUCUAGCAAGCACCCCUGACUCAUCAUCUUCUACUAGUUCUUUGCUCUCAAUGGUAACUUCUGAAAUGGGAGAAACCAGCCCAAGAACAGUUUCUUGGCCUACAGUAAGUUCAGCCAUAGAAAGUGAGUCAACUACUGCCUCUUCAUCCACAGAGUCUUCACCUGCAGCAACAUCCACUCCACUAUCAAGCACCCAUGGCUUAUUAUCAUCUACUAGUUUUUCGCCUUCAGUGGUCACUUCUGAAACAGGAGAAACCAGCUCUAGAACAGUUUCUGGGCCAACAGCAAGUUCUACCAUAGAAAGUGAUUCAACCUCUGUCUCUUCAUCCACAGACUCUUCACCUACAGCGCCAUCCACACCAGUAACAAGCACAUCUGCUUUAUCAUCAUCAACUAGUUCUUUGCUUUCAGUGGUGACAUCUGAAAAAGGACAUACUAGCUCUAACUCAUUAUUGGCGCCAACAACAAGUUCUGCUGCUGGAGGCAAGUUAACCUCUGCCUCUUCAUACAUAGAAUUUUCAGCUACAUCCACACCACUAAAAAGCACCCCUGACUCUUCAUUGUCUGCUAUUUCUUUGAUCUCUAUCAUGACUUUUGAAACAGGAGAAACAAACUCUUACUCUGUGCCCAUCAGCACAUCAUUGUCUUCAUCAUCUACUUUAUCCAGUACUACUUCAUCUGCCCACAGUAGUAGCAUGUUAGCAGAGCCUUCAACAUCUUCAAUGAUGCAUUUUGAAAUAAUACAAGAUACAUCAUCUACAACAUCAAGAGAAUUACCUCCAAAUAAUAUAGCUACUUUACCCACUACUGUGGCUAGUGCACUUACAACUACUAAACCAAAUAAUAUCACUUCCACAAAUGUGACAGAUAAAGGAAUAACACCAUCUAACACGCUAAAAACAACAACGUCAGCAUCAAUGGCAUCAUCUAUACACGCUGAUAUGUCUACUGCUUCGACUUCUACACUGGCUAAAACGUCUUCAUUCUCUCAAGAAAUAAAUUCUUUUACAGAUAUGUCUACAAAAACAAAUAAUACCACUACUUUAAAGGAGUCUAAUUUUACGAAAAAAGAUGUGAAUGAAUGUUCUCUGGGUUCCAGUAAUUGUGAUCCUAAUGCUGUAUGCAUCAAUACUUUGGGCUCAUACACUUGUAGCUGUACAGAAGGAUAUAAGGGAAAUGGCUUUAACUGCAAAGAAAUACGCCUGUUCCCUUAUGGCCCUGCAACCAAAGAUGAAAAAGCAACUAAAAAUUCUAAAGACUUCUUUUCUCCAUUAAUCAGUAUUUCUAUAGGAUUCCCAUUUGAGUCUGCAUUCUACAAUAAGCUUUAUUUCACAGACAAUGGAGUCAUCAUAUUCAAGCGAAAUCUUUAUGAUAGUGCUUAUGUAUUGAGUUAUCCAUAUACAAGUUUCCAAAGCAGCGACACUUUCACACCGCCAAUGAUAGCAGCUUUCUGGGCUGAUGCAGACUUUUCAGGAGGCAUUGGGGAGCUGUAUUAUAAGGUGUAUGAUUUCCAUUCUUCAAUGUCAGAUGAAAACUUUAAAAAUUCAUUAGAGAAAGCAAUUAAUGCCUAUUUUAGCUCUUCUCUGGAUAAGCAAUUUAAUGCUCUUUGGGCCUUGAAAAUAACAUGGGAAAAUGUUCUCCCCAGCACUUUGUACAAUACAAAUAGAUACUGGAACACUCAAAGCAACUAUACUAAUACUUACCAAGCAGUUUUGGCUACUGAUGGUGUUUAUUCUUUCAUUUUGAUCCUAUUUGAGGAUGGUGGCAUGAACUGGAGAUACAAUGCCCUCUCAACUAUACAUCUGCCAAAAAUGGGCUAUUUCAGUGGUAUUCCCAGCCCAAAUAACACCAACAACUUUCCAGCAUUUAAUGACCCACAGACAGAGCCAUCUGUAAGCAUAGAGCACAGAUACACCCCAGAUCAAUUCAGUGGCUACAACACAGGAAAGAAAGGUCAGUGGGCCUACCGUCUGGACACUAACUCUCAGAGCAAUAUUAGUCCAAGAAUUCAAUGUCUUAACUGGUACUUUAAAGAGCCAACUCUACCCUCAAUAAACGAAGCACCCUCCUGCCCAUGCACAUAUAAACAAGCAAGAUUUGACCCAGCGUUUAUUGAUGGGCUUAAUCUUUUCAAGUAUGGUUUUAAGAUGAAAAGUUUGGCAGAACAAUAUUUGUCAGUGCAAAGUAUGUUUCCAACAGCAAGUGGUGCUGGUACACGGUGUUACUAUCGUCAGACUGGGUCUUUGGUCUAUGGUGAGAAAGAGAGAUUCUUUCCUACUCCAUGGACUGAUUUUGACUUCCUGAAAUACCUUUCAAACCAGGAUGCCUACAGUAAAUACUUCUCGAACACAGUCGUUCCUCCCAAAAGACUUCAGUACAUAGAUGGAGAAAUUGAUCCUUAUAAUAUGUGCUGCAGUUAUUCUGGUUCUGAUUAUCUUUGUAAACUCUACAUAGAAAAGAGGCCUCUUGAUUAUUGUGACAAUUAUUCUUCACCUCCAAUAGGAUUUUUUUACGGGGACCCCCACUUUAACACACUGGAUGGGGCACAAUACACUUUUAACGGCUUGGGUGAAUUUACUUUGUUAAACAUCAAAGACGAGAGCAAUAAUGUCUUCACACUCCAAGGACGGACUGCCCGAACUGAGAAUGGGACCGGCAGUGCAACUAAUUUUGUGGCGUUAGCUGCAUAUUCUUCUACUGGUGCUCAGCUUCAGUGGACAUUGGUCAGUGAUACUGAAAUAUCGAUAACGUACAAUGGGACCAGUAUUCCACUCACAGAAAACAUCAUCUCUAUCGACCAACUAAUUCUGGAAAAGAAAGAAAAACAAAUAACUGCAUAUUUUUAUGGUGGAAUAUCUGUCUCAGUUUCUGCUGAGUUUGGAGUAUUAGCUUUUGUUGUGACACCACUACCCAGAUAUCUCAACAGGACUGAAGGUCUCCUAGGGUUGUACAAUGGGGAUCCAAGUGAUGACCUUGUAUCUGCAGAUGGCCAGACUUUACCAUACAAUACAAGCACAAAGAUAAAGGACUCAAAGAUAUUCACCUUUGGCAUGACUUGGAAAAAUACACCUGAAAAUACUAUCUUUACCUAUAACACAAGUGUGGGGGAAUCUUGGUACACAUACAAUUACAGUUUUGUGCCAGUGUUUUUUGAUGAACUGCUGUCAACCACUGAUACAGAAACUAUUAAUAAGGCAAACAUAACCUGUAAAGGAAACACAGAUUGUUUGUUUGAUGCAUUAAGUACUGGAAACUUGGAAUUGGGAUCAUCUACAAUGACAAAUAGUAUCAUGUUUACAGAGCAAAGAGUUGCACUGGGUAAGAAAAUUUAA